AUGUCUACUACUAAGAAAAUCGUCGUUCUGCCAGGUGACCAUGUUGGUCAAGAAAUCACUGAGGAAGCCAUUAAGGUUCUCAAAGCCAUUUCUGACGUUCGUUCCAAUGUUAAAUUCGAUUUCGAAUACCACUUAAUUGGUGGUGCUGCUAUCGAUGCCACAGGUGUCCCACUUACUGAUGAGGCGCUAGAAGCUUCCAAGAAGGCAGAUGCCGUUUUGUUGGGUGCUGUGGGUGGUCCUAAAUGGGGGACCGGUAGUGUUAGACCCGAACAAGGUUUACUAAAAAUCCGUAAGGAACUUCAAUUGUACGCCAAUUUGAGACCAUGUAACUUUGCAUCUGAGUCUCUAUUAGAAUUAUCUCCAAUCAAGCCACAAUUUGCUAGAGGCACUGACUUCGUUGUUGUUAGAGAACUAGUCGGAGGUAUCUACUUCGGUAAGAGAAAGGAAGACGAUGGUGACGGUGUUGCUUGGGACAGUGAACAAUACACCGUGCCUGAAGUGCAAAGAAUUACAAGAAUGGCUGCGUUCAUGGCACUACAACACCAACCACCAUUACCUAUCUGGUCCUUGGAUAAAGCCAAUGUUUUGGCCUCAUCAAGACUAUGGAGAAAGACUGUAGAGGAAACUAUCAAGAACGAAUUCCCAACACUAAAGGUCCAACAUCAAUUGAUUGAUUCUGCUGCCAUGAUUUUAGUCAAGAACCCAACUCAAUUGAAUGGUAUUAUAAUCACCAGUAACAUGUUUGGUGAUAUCAUUUCCGAUGAAGCUUCUUGUAUUCCUGGUUCAUUGGGUUUGUUGCCAUCUGCCUCCUUAGCUUCUUUGCCAGACAAGAACACUGCCUUCGGUUUAUAUGAACCAUGUCAUGGUUCAGCCCCAGAUUUGCCAAAGAACAAAGUUAACCCUAUUGCCACCAUUUUAUCUGCUGCUAUGAUGUUGAAAUUAUCACUAAAUAUGUCUGCAGAAGGUCAAGCCAUUGAAGAUGCUGUCAAAAAGGUUCUAGAUGCUGGAAUUAGAACUGGUGAUUUGGGUGGUUCAAACAGUACCACCGAAGUCGGUGAUGCUGUUGCCAAAGAAGUUAAAAAGAUUCUUGCCUAA